AUGUCACGAUCAUGGACCGCAUCGACGGUCGAGAUCAAGGCGACUCCCAAAAAGGGACCAGUAGCGCUUUCCGACCAGGCAAUCUGGAACGACCCCAGUGGCGACGCCUUCUACAUCUAUGGAGGACGAGCGCCGUACAUGAUCAACAUGAACAAUAUCACAAAGGACGGGAUCUGGAAGUUUUGGGUCGACGGCACAGGUGGCGGCACUUGGUCGUUGGAACGGCCUUCAAACCCAGACGUUCUAAAGAAGCUCAACUUGACCCACAAAGCAGCAUUCGCAGCCACCCACGAUUCUUCCGGCGGCGGUGUAGCUUUUGUAAUAGGCGGCAUGACAUCAAUCGAGAUAGACCCGGACUCCAACAAUACCUCCCCCGUCACGGAUCCCCAGCACUGGUAUCGCACCCCGAUUCCAGGUAUGGUUUCUUACGACAUGAAGAGCAGAACCUUUUCAAGGACCGACACCAGCGUGGUGAUGCCCCCGCUUGGUACGCUGAUUGAUGGUCGCGCGCAUUUUGUCCCUCAGUUUGGCUCCAAUGGCUUGAUGCUGGUCUUGGGAGGAAAGAUCGGUGGAGGAAUUCUGGAUUUCAACAAUAUCACUUUUUAUGAUCCUAAGACUGGGCAGUGGGGAUGGCAGAAUACGGUGGGAUAUGCGCCGACGGAGAGGGAGACUUUUUGUAUGGUGGGUGUUGCCAGUCCGGCUGGAACCUAUGAACUUUUCAUCUACGGCGGAGCGAACCAGGCCUUCACGGAAUUCUAUGACGACAUCUACAUCCUAAGCCUCCCAGGCUUCGUCUGGCUCAAAACAGAUGCACAUUCAGUCGAGCCACGCAACAACCAGAAUUGCGUCGUAGUAGGGAAGCGCCAAAUGCUGGUGGUAGGCGGCCACGGUCAGAACAAGUCCCUUUGGGACAAAGAUCCUUUACCCCAGGGCCUCGGCAUCUUUGACUUGACUGAUCUCGUCUGGAGCAAGGAUGGAAACUACGAUGCCGACGCAGAGGACUACAGGACCCCCAAGUUUGUGGAGGAAUGGUAUCAAGAUAAGAAUCUGUCUGCGCUAUCGUGGUCGUCUGAUGAGGUGAAGAGGAUGUUCCUGAAGAACCCCAUUUCGUUUAACGCGACGACCUCGGGAACGGCCCCGACUUCCAUUGCUACUUCCGCCACUGGCCCAGACUCGGGUCAGCAGUCGUCUGUUAACAAAGCCGGACCGAUUGCGGGGGGAGUGGUGGGCGGUGCCGUUAUUCUGUGUAUACUAUCUGGGUUGGCUUAUUGCCUUUGGCGGAAGAGAUCGAAGCCCUCACCAUCCGACGAAGAGCUUGAACCUGGUCAGAGUAAUGGUAACGCACUGAAGCAUUCCCCUUCCCUCGAACUCAAAGGAGAGCUUCCUACAGAAGGCCCGGCAACGGAGAUGUACACCCCGCCAGAUGAAUUGGCAUGUGGAGGAGGUAUCAAUGAGCGCUGGGAGCUCGACGCAUCGAGUCCACCCCGAGAGCUAGAUACCUCACAUGGGGCCUGUGAGCUUGGUACGGAGGACAGAGAGGUCACUCGUUGA